GUCCCCUUUUCUCUUUCCGACUGUAUAUAAGGGGCCAGGCGAGAGGAGCAGGUCAGAUUCACAGCGGCUCCACCACACAUACGACACCAGCACUGACGGCACUGACAGGCCGCAAAUACAAUAACUGCCACAUUCAAACAGGAACGUAUGCGUAUUCCUUCAUUUGGACUCGAAAGGAGCUACUGGAGCAGAGGACAGCGGUGGACCUCACUCUAGGAACAGCGCUCGUCUCUGUAGCCGAUCUCUCUGGGCCGAUUCCUGUCACUGCUCACGAGCUCCAAACUCAGUAACUCAGCCGCUGCUGGGACACGCACACUCGGGCAUGCAGGUGGAGGGGAUGUCUGUGUCUCUGUGGUGUGAGGAGGAGGAGGAUGUCCAGCCUGUUGGUCAGAGAGAAUCAGUCUCGGUCCGAGCCCCCCGGGACCCCCAUGCAUCAGGACUGAGGGUCAUCCACGGACUGCUGCACUCUCAGGACAGAUACCUCCCCUCCCCACUGUACACCUCACUCAUCCAGAAAGAACCCAAACGUAGAGAAGAGCUGGCCAAGUGGACACUGGAGGUGUGCUGUGACUGUGGUUGUGAUGAGUCUGUGUUCCCGCUGGCCGUCUCUCUGCUGGACCGCUAUCUGUCCGCCACUCUUUCUCUGCCCUCCUCUCCGUCCUGUCUGGCUGCAGCCUGCAUCCUGGUGUCCUCUAAGCUGGUGGAGAGCGAUCCGGUCAGUGCAGACACUCUGUGUGCUGCAGCAGAGUAUGAGUUCCUGACCUCCAGCGUCAGAGAGAUGGAGCGUGUGGUUCUAGGCACUCUGAGGUGGGACGUGGCUGCAGUGACCCCUCAGGACUUCAUCCCUCACUUGCUGUCGUGUCUGGAGGAGCUGGAGGGAGACGAUGCGGACAGAGACUUCAUCUCCACCCUCAGACGUCACAGUGACACUCUGGUGGCCUUGUGUGUUUGUGACUCCCGCUUUCUGGGCACACCGGCCUCGCUGGUGGCUGCAGCAGCGGUCUACUCAGCUGUCCGGGGUCUGGAGGAGAAAAGCCGGAGAGAAACGAGUCACAUGACCUCCAUACUGGUCGCACUGUGUCAGACUGAUGUGGCCCUACUGCAGUGCUACAGUGAGCUGAUAGAGGAUGCUCUCAGGGAACGACUGAGAAACAGCAGAGAGGAAGAGGAGAAAGAUGGAGGGAUGGAGGAUGAAAGGUCCAGCACACCAACCGACCUGAGAGAGAUAGACUUUUAACACACAGGAAUAAAGUAGCCAUUUAAAGUUGAACUGCAGUCUUGCUGUUAGUUAUCAGUGAAACUGAUGUAAACCUGCUUUCUGAAUGUGGUCUUAUCAAAUGAUCUAAUGCUUAUUUAAUAAUUAUCCUUAUUUAUUUGUUUCUUUGAGGUAUUAAGGUGCCAUGCGUCUAUGUUUUUUUUGUCAUUACUGUGAUUUCUGUGAUUUUUUUCUUAACUGCCUUUUGUGUUGGGUGGCAUUUUUGCUGUGUGAGGGUCUAAGUUGUGAGGUAUACUGUUAAUUUAUUCAUCAUCAAUUUAUUUAUUAUGUGGAUGUUAUAAUUUGUGUAUUUAUUUUAUUUGGCGGUUUUGCUCUGUAUGACAGUGUCCAAUGAAAUCUAUUUUUCAAUUAAAUAAUAUUUUUAUCUAUUUUCAAAUAAUAAAUAAUAUUGACUAA